CACACCUGCAAUACCAGUGCUUGCCAAAAACCGUUCAGCUGCUUGCUGACAAGUGAUAGGCUUCUCGGUCCAUUCAUCGGUCGACCCGCGUCUGGUGAAGAUGGGGAGGGCCAACUGCUCGGUUCCUCUCCUCCUGGUGCUGCUGGCCUUCCUCUCCUGCUUCUUCCUCGCCCACGCGGCGGUGGCCGGGGCCAGCGGCAACCGCAAGAUGUUCCUGCCGAGGGAGGGAGCGGCAGCCGCCGCCGGGUCCAACGAUGGUGGGCAGGCCAUGCUGACGACGGCGGAGGAGGUGGCGGUCGGAGGAGAGAUGCAUCUGCUGCUGAGCGACGACGAGGAGAUGUUGGCCAGAAGGGUGGACCUGCAGACACAGGACUACCCGGGGUCCGGGGCCAACGGCCGCCAUGAUCCACGAAACCCGCAUUAAGAGUUAUUAUGUCCUGCUGCAUGUACGCUAAGUGCAUGUAAUUAACCGCAUGUUUAGUUACCCGACAAUCAUGCAUAAUUAAGCAUAUCAUCACCAUGUAGCUAAACAUCAUGAUCUUAAUUUAAUUUGCUAGUGUA